AUGCGAUACCAACUAUUAAUAUGCGGUAAGUUGGCACCUCCACGACUUUUGAAAGUAUCGUUUUGCACCCACCGUUUUUGUUGUGUUCUUUGGAAUUGCACUUACUCUCGCACUCUUUUUCCCUUAAUUAUUGUUUCCAACUUCUCUCAGGGUGUGCAAAAGCUUCCCAGACGCAGGUCAACGCGCACACCGAAAUCAAAGGCCGGUGCGGCAUGGUCGCCUGGAAAGUUUUGCAUAUGCACUUGGUCGGAAGAUGAAAAUUACUAUUUCGCCACUAUAUCAGAGGCGGAUGCGCAAAGUGACCGCUAUCUCGUUCGCUUCUGCCAUUAUGGAAAUACCGAAUGGAAAAGCUCGUAUGAACUUCAUGAGUUAGGCUCUGAUUUUGAGCCUUUAGUCGAAGACGAAUGUAACAAACUAGCCAUGGACAAACUACGAAGCACUAUCAACUCCCAUUCCAAACCUGUGAUGAAGACCACAGUAUUGAACGAAGUUGAAAAAACCACUGAUAAGUGCGCCACGGCAUUGACUUUGGGAUCUAAACUGCACGAAUCAUCCAAAGACCAAUUUGACAAACCCAGACACGCAAAAUUGCCUGAUGGACCUCUCAAUCCGUCGUUUUCUCACGAAUCUGGCCCUCAGUUUGCGCAGGAUAUACUGGCGGGUAUAGAGCAGCUGACAAAAUAUACCGCCCAACAAUCGCCAUUGUGGAAUAGUCCUUCCGGCUCAUCUGUUCGUAAACCGCACAUUUCAACUCCACCCGCCUCAGGUACCCACGCAAACGCGUUGAAACCCCCACCCAGCAGCAGUAGGAAUGGAACUGGAGGACAAACCCCUUGGCAAGCACUAUUGAUCAGUUGGUUUAUGUGCGGCUAUCACACCGGCUAUUUUGAGGCCUUGCAUUUCGGUGACGACAACAACAACAAGAACGCUUAGCAUUUCCCCUGUACUCACUGUGUACACUUGAAAAGUUCCACACUGAGUCCUCUCGCCUGCUGUAUCAUUUUUAUUUCUGACAUGCACCCAUCAUGUGAAACGGUUGUCUUUGGCUUCUCCUUUUUCUUGUAUACGGCUACACAAUACUAUCGUUCUACCUGGCUA